UAUGCUAUAUACUUUGCAACAGAGGGAAGCACAGGCUCCUGGUCUUUGGCGCUCCUCGUUUACUUAUACCCUCUGCUUGUUUCUUUAAAUUUCACUGUGUAUAUCCCUAAUACAUCUUUUCUUUCAGCAAGCAAAUAUGGUUUGUGACAUUUAUUUUGCUGGUAUUUGUGCGCAGUGCAAUGUCGCUAUGGGCCGCAUGAAAGAGUUUCUGUUGAGCGAGGACGUCGACCCCAACCAAGUGGGCAACCAGCCGUAUGGGGGCGACGCGGUGACCAUACGCCAGGCGUCGUUCAGCUGGCACCGCCAGGAGCGGCUCGUCCUGCAGGACGUGGACGUUCGCAUCGCUCAGGGUCAGCUGGUGGCCGUCGUCGGUCAGGUGGGCUCCGGCAAGACGUCUUUCCUGUCCGCCAUCCUCGGCGAGCUGCGCUGCGUCAAAGGCUCGAUCAACAGAAAGGGCAAAGUGGCGUACGUCGCCCAGCAGGCGUGGAUCCAGAACGCCACGGUGCGCCAGAACAUCCUCCUCAAGCGUCAACACCACUCGUGCUUCUACGAUCGCGUGAUACUGGCCUGCCAGCUGCAGACCGACCUCGCCGAGCUACCCGCCGGAGACCAGACCGAACUGGGCAUGCGCGGAGUCAACCUCAGCGGCGGACAGAAGCAGCGCAUCAACCUCGCCAGGGCAGUGUACCAGAACGCGGACCUGUACAUAAUGGACGACCCGCUGAGCGCCGUUGAUGCCCAAGUCGGCUCGGCGCUUUUCCACGGCGUCAUCGGCCCCCGAGGACUGCUCAGAAAGAAGACCCGCGUGCUGGCCACCAACACGCUGUCACUGCUGCCCCUGACCGACAUGGUGAUCGUGCUGCACGAGGGACGCGUCAAGGAGGUGCACCGGGCGCCUUUUGGACAGCGGCUGUUCGAUAAAGGACUGGCGCUCAAAGCGCUCAUUUCGGCGUCACCGACGUCGCAGCAGCCCCAGCAUCACGGCGCCACCGACGGCGGAGCCGCCAGAGCUCCGAUCAAGGUUUCGCACGACGAGAAAUCGUAUGACGUGACGUCGGGAGACGUGUCCUCGCUGUCCGUCACGAUGGCCAAAAGACCGAAUCCCCAAGGCACCCUUUCGGGUUACGCCAAGCGCGGCCAGCUCGUCGAGGACGAAGCGUUCCACGUGGGCAAGGUGGAGUACGAGAUAUACCGCGACUACGUGAAACGCUUCGGUCCCGUCAUGUUCGUCGUGAUGCUCUUGAGCUACGCCGCUUGCCGGGCGUUCGACGUCCUUUCGUCGGUGUGGAUCAGCAGCUGGAGCGACGAGGUCCUCCAGGUGGGCGGAAACGCGUCGCUUCCGGACAGCGGUUGGAGGCUGUCCGUUUAUGGACUGCUGGGUGUGUGCCAGGGCUUGGCCAUCUUCUUGGGAACCUUGGUCCUGGGACUGUGCGCCCUCGCGGCGUCCGGCAGCCUUCACGACGAGGCACUCGGCCGCCUGGUCCGAGCGCCAAUGUCCUUCUUUGACACCACACCAUUGGGACGCAUGCUAAACAGGUUCAGCAAGGAUUUGGACCAGGCCGAUAUACAGAUUGGUCUCGUCGUGGACUGCGUCUUGGAGCAGCUGAGCGACGUGCUGGGCAUCCUGCUGCUGAUCACGUUGUACAUCCCGACUUUCCUGCCUGCCGUCGCACCAUGCGCGCUUGUUUACUUCGUCGUGCAGAAGCUGUUCGUGCGCACGUUCCGGCAGCUGCAGCGGCUCGAGUCCGUCUCCCGGUCGCCGGUGUUCAACUGCAUCGCCGAGACGGUGCCCGGCGUGCAGACGAUCCGGGCGUACGCCGUGCAGCGCGCGUUCGUGGCGCUGACCGACACCCUGCUCGAGCGCUGGAUCUCCUGCGCCUUCCACCUGAUGGCGGCCGAGCGAUGGCUCACGGUGCGCCUCAACUUCCUGGGCACCGCCGUGUCGCUGGUCACCGCCUGCCUGCUGGUGCACGGACGGGACAGCUUCGGAGCGGCGGUCAUCGGCCUCACGCUGCUCUACUCGCUCAGGCUGACCGAUGCCUUGAACUUCCUCGUGCGUUUCACGGCUGAGCUGGAGAACUCUCUGAUUGCCGUGGAACGCCUCCACGAAUACACCAAGACAGCGACCGAGGCGCCGUGGCGCGUGACCCCCGGGCCGAGCCCCGAUUGGCCGCAGAAGGGCUCCGUGCAGUUCGUGAACUUCAGCACGCGCUACCGGAAGGACCUGGACCUCGUGCUACGCCACAUCAACCUGGAAAUCCAGCCUUCGGAAAAGGUUGGCGUUGUCGGUCGCACGGGUUCGGGCAAGUCGUCCCUGACGCUGUCCAUGUUUCGCAUCUUGGAGCCGGCCGAAGGGGACAUCGUCAUCGACGGCGUCGCCAUAUCGCGCAUCGGGCUGCACGACCUCCGCUCGAAGAUCACAAUCAUCCCGCAGGAGCCGAUCCUGUUCUGCGGAUCACUUCGUCUUAACCUGGAUCCCAAGGGUGAGCGCACCGACGAUCAGGUCUGGGCAGCUCUUAACAAGGCGCACCUAAGCGCAUUCUUCCAAAACAAGGCCGAGAAGCUCGACUUCGUCAUCGAGGAAGACGGGAAGAACCUCAGCAUCGGCCAGCACCAGCUUAUCUGCCUGGCCCGCGCCCUGCUGCGCAAUACCCGGCUGCUGAUCCUGGACGAGGCCACAGCGUCAGUGGACCCGGACACGGAUGUCCUCGUCCAACAGACCAUUCGCCGGGACUUCGCCCACUGCACCGUUCUCACAGUGGCACACCGGCUUCAGACUAUCCUGGACGCCGACAGGAUUGUCGUGAUGAAGUCCGGCGAGAUACAAGAAGUCGGUGUUCCCGCCGAGCUGUUGCGGAAUCACAAGUCCGCAUUCUACGCCAUGGCCCGCGAAGCCGGUUUGGGCAGCGAAGACCGGAGUUCCGGCUUCGAGCACCGGUCGUCGAAGCAGUCUUCGUCCGGGCACUGAAGACAACGCGCGUCCGAGCUUGCCCGACAAUAAAUACCUGACAUGCAGUUCUCGUUUGCUGUGGAAAUCCAGUAGU